ACAUGAUCAUCAGGUUUUGCACAAAUUUGUGGAGUCCAUGCCAACUCGAGUGCAUUCUUUAAAAAACAGGGACAUAUUCACAUCAUCAUUUACAUGAGGAAAAAAUCAAGUCUUGUCCCACAUUUUAUUCAGUCAAAUAUCCCAUUUCAAUCAGAAAUACAUCAGGUUAUGAAAAUAAAAUGUGUUGCGAAUAUGCUUGGGAUCGAUGCCUUUUUCAUGCAUCGAUAAUCAGAAAAUAUUCCCUAUGAUUAUCAAACUAUAUCUGCGUUUUUUCAGAUAUAAAUAGGCCUAAUUGUUGCACAAUAGUUUGUCUCUUUACACAUAUUUCUCAACACAACUUUGGUAAAGUGUGAGCGUUGCACACUGGACGCAUCUGCUGGACGAAAUGGCACAUUCUAAAAUUCUAAACAAUUAUUUGCGAUGAAGGUAUGCACACCGCCGCCAUUUGGCAUCUGUCGGUGGAACCCAGCUACGACUGGAGGCUGCUCAAAAUUCACACAGUUGUCCAUUAAAUUCGACCCAAAUCAUUAUCAAAGGACAUAGAUUAUUUACUCUAGCCAUCACUGGAUGAUAAAGUGUGUCUAUGUAUCUUUCUGUGACGAGGAGGUUAGUCGCAGCCGCAGCCCCCUCGUGUGUGAUCAGGCUCCAAAAUGCCUGCCGAUCUUCCGCAUGGGCCUGGAGCAGGAGUUGAAAACGCUGCUCCUGCUCCAGCCGCAGCUCGACGAGGGCCUGGUGUUGAUUCCGUUGGAUGCCAGCGAGGGUCUGGAUCACUUCGGCCAGUGGUGAAGACUCCAUAAAAGACGUAACUCCUUCCACGGGUUUCCAGGUUUCAGCACCACUAUAACAGAUAUCUAGCAGAGACAGGUGAAUGAACUGAUCGCAAAUCCAUAUCUGCAAAGACGUUCACUCUAACGCCUUAAACAUACACACACAAGCACACACUCUGAAGACGAUCAGGGACUCAGAUAAAUGGCUGACAAACAGAUCAGUUUGCCUGCAAAGCUUAUAAACGGUGGUGUGGCCGGACUGAUUGGCGUUACCUGUGUGUUUCCAAUUGACUUGGCCAAGACUCGCCUUCAAAACCAGCAGAAUGGAUCCCGCCUCUAUACCAGCAUGUCAGACUGCCUUAUUAAGACCAUUCGGUCGGAAGGAUACUUUGGGAUGUACAGAGGUGCUGCAGUGAAUUUAACUCUCGUCACUCCAGAAAAAGCCAUCAAGUUGGCGGCAAAUGAUUUUUUCAGGUUUCACCUCUCUAAGGACGGGCAGAAACUCACCUUAUUGCGAGAGAUGCUGGCUGGUUGUGGUGCAGGUACAUGUCAGGUCAUUGUUACAACACCAAUGGAGAUGCUAAAGAUUCAGCUGCAAGACGCUGGAAGAAUAGAGGCCCAAAGGAAGCUCAUGCCCCAGACAGUGACUCCUGGAGGCCCCGUGGAGGUGAAAUCCCCCACAGCUAUGCAACUCACCAGAGAAUUACUGAAGGAAAAGGGCAUCGCGGGUCUUUACAAGGGCUUGGGAGCCACACUGCUCAGGGAUGUCCCUUUUUCUAUCAUUUAUUUCCCUCUAUUUGCUAAUCUGAAUAAUCUGGGAAAGAGGGGAGCCGACGGUCCCGCUCCGUUCUACGUCUCUUUUGUUUCCGGCUGCAUCGCGGGCAGCACAGCCGCAGUUGCCGUCAAUCCUGUAGAUGUGAUAAAGACUAGGUUACAGUCACUAACACGAGGUAGUCAAGAGGACACCUACUCUGGGGUGAUGGACUGCAUCAGGAAAAUAUUACGUAAUGAAGGUCCCACUGCUUUCCUGAAGGGGGCGUACUGCCGAGCUCUCGUCAUAGCCCCGCUCUUUGGCAUCGCACAGGUGGUCUACUUCCUCGGUGUGGGAGAAUUGAUCCUGAGCUAUCUACCCAAACGGAACAACUAACCAAUCAUCUCACUGCCUUUUCAUCAUGCAUUGCACCAGUCAGAUCUUUUCUCCGCUCUCUCACGUGUCAGAAGGUCGUCAUUACAGAAGGAUCAAAGCGUAAUGUGGACCACUUGACUGAUUUUAAUUGUUUGUUGUUGUGCCGUUUUUGUUAAAAUUGACGUGUAUUUUUAUCGGAAUGUGGUGUUUUUAAUAUCGAGUGUAAAGUGAGACUGUGUUUGCCAAGCUGCCUGUUUUGUCUCAUCCUGUCUCACGCUGAGACAAAAUAACCUUGAUCAUAGAUAUAUGAAAUCAUUUUACAAGCAUUCAAUCUAGUGGAGCCAUCAUCCAACCACUGGGGAUGUGUUUUCUAUCUCACAACAUUUAAACUGUAAAAUUCAGGAUCCACGAUCAAUCGUAACACUUUAAAAAUGAUGCCCUUGUUAAGUAUGUGCUAAAAUAUCAAUCUAAUUUUAAUAUCUUGAAUCUAGAGGGCAUGCAAUGUUUUUUGGGAACUUGAAAAGUUUUUCCUUUUGUUAUGGCCUAGUAUGAAUGCCUCUCCUUUGGGCAAGGAACAACCUCAAGAAACAAUGGAAGUGUGCGUGUGUUUUCAGAGACAUCAGGCAUUGCAACAGUGACACAUAUCAUUGGCUAUGUGAAAGAAGCAAGACUUUAUUUAAUGAUUUAGACACAUAUUCUUUAAGUCUGGAUAGGCUAUCAACUACAUGAGUGAAAUGGAGAAUAAUUCAGUUAAUUUCUCGAAAAAGCGGAACAGAAACGUAUCAGUUACUGGCAUAUGUGAAAUGGAUUUGAAAGCUUCUCUCAAAUUAACCAAAUGAAAGUGGAAUUGCCUCCAACCAGGGGUGUAGCAUCUUUAUAACUGGUAAAAGCUCACCCCAUGGUUUUUUGGGAGAUCAUUUUUAUAUCUUAAGACAGGGGUGCUCAAUCCUGAUCCUGAGCUAACUUCCUCCAGAGUUUAGUUCCAACCCUACUCCAACACAGCAGCUGAUUCAGGAGUGUUUGAUUAGAGUUGAAGUCCACGCAAAUCCGUUUUUGUUUGAAAACACACAUUGAUUUUGCCACGUUUAUGCCUCACAUCGACACUAGAACUGCAUUUACCUUCACCAAGAAUGGAGACUUUUGAAAGCAUUCUGUAUUUCUGCAUACUUUGAUAACCAAAGUAAAAAGACCAAGUACAACAUCUGGUAAUCCUUCUAUGGUUGGCGUCUACUUACCAGUGAACAUGCUCACCAAAAUGCUGAUAACUACCAAAAAUCAGCUGAUCCAACAACAACAACAACAACAACAAAAUAUUUAAUCUGCUUUUGACAUCAAAUGUUAACAGGCAUGUGCACAACAAUUGUGCACAUUAGAUAAGCCAAUUAGAACACCAGUAAAGGUAUUUAUAAGUAAUGCAAAAUCAGUGGUCACAUGCACAUCUUACACCAAUUAGGUUUAUUAAGCCGACAACGUGUGUGGUCAUGUAAACGCCUUAUACGGAUUUCCAUUAUCGAGGUAAGGUCAUAAAUGGUUUAAGCAUAAACUGAUCGGCACACAUAGAUUUUUGCCUAUUACCCCCAUUUCACAUUGAGUAAAAACUAUACUGCCGUUCUUACAGGCUUUCCUAUGUGCAAAACUGUUGUGCACAUGACUAUUUACAUUCUAUCGUCUAAAGCAAAGACUUCUCAGUUGAUUUUAAAAUCUCAUGUAAAUGCGUUUGUCUUAAGUUGUCUGAUUUUUAAAAAAAAAUAAGAUUGGAAUAAUUUUUAGUAGUUAUCAGCGUAUUGCUGUGCGUAUAUUUUGCUCCGCUCCGCUCCAACCCUGUCCACUGCAAACUCACAUUCUCCUGUUAUACAAUUCCAUUACUAAAUAUUUCAUUUUAUUUUAAUGUGAAAACAAUUGCAAUGCCUUAUGCAGUUUUAGAGUUCAUAUCUGUUGGAUUACAUGGCCAGCGUUACAGCUACAUCUGGUCCAGUUCUAUCAGGAAGACUCGCAGACUUGAGUAAAGUUUUAGAUUACUUUUAUUUGAUGAAUAUAAAACAGAAAAUGUAAUGUCUCUCUUUGGCGUAAGCCCCGUCUGGCGGUCCGAAGAAGUUGUACUCGGAACCAUCAGAUCCUGCCAGAGAUAAGAGGCAGGGGCGAGGAGCCUACCUCCAUGCAGGAUGGGACUCAACUGGUGGCGGUGGGGUGGUAGAGGUUGCCGUGUUAGCACACUGAAACAGCAAUGUGAUAGAUUGUGAGCAGACUUAUAAAGUGAUGGCUUACAUGUGACUGGCUAGGAGUUACCUAGCUAAUGGUGCGAUGAUGUACAGCUGCUAGCCUUCCCGCUAGAACUACACUGCGCUUACAUUUCUAGCAAAGAGAAAGAAUGCUAACAAAUUGCUAACAUGCUGGAAUGCUAACAAGUUAGUUAAUAGACACAACGCUUGAUUUGCAAAAGUCAAAGUAAUGUGUUUAUUGAUUGUAAGGCCCAUCCCUCUGAAUUUAUGAGAGGCUAGGUUAGUUGUUAGUUGUUAAUCGUCAUUCAAAUUUUGCGAAAAGCACACCGUCAUGGAGUAACGUUCCAGACUUCGGACUUGAUAAUCCUUACUCUAUAGAUGUAUACACGCAUAUAGUAUAUCUCACUAUAUAUUUGUAUCAAUAGUUUUAUUAGUGUCUAAUUGUGUGUGUGUGUGUGAUCAUUGUUGAUUACUGUGUAAUGUAUAUAUGCAGAUGAUAUGAACUGUUAUGAUUAUGGGUUUUGUUUUGUUUUGUGUAUGAUGGCUUAUUUGCACACCUGCCCAUUCCUUCUGUUUAUCUUUUUGGCAUCUGUAAUCCUGAUAUUUAAAGGGAUAGUUCACCCAAAAAGAAAGGAAGUUUAGGCAGUUUGUGAGUCUCAGUCACCUUUCACUUUCAUUGCAUUCUUUUUCCAUACAUUAAAAGUAAAUGGUUACUGAAGCUGUCAUUCUGCCUAACAUUUCCUGCAGUGUUCCACAAAAGAAAGAAAAUCAUACAUGUUUGGAACAAAAUGAGAGUGAGUAAAUGACAUAAUUUAAUUUUUGGGUGAACUAUCCCUUUAAUAUGCCAGUUUACACUUUGGUCUUUGAAUCAGACCUGUAAUGUAUCAUGCAGGAACAACCAUUGUUUCAGCUCAAAUGGCUAUGUGAAGCGUGUGACCUUUUUUAAUGCUAGAAUGCACUACCAAAUGAACCGAACCAAAACUAAAAUGGUUUCAAGAUGUAUUGCUUCUUUACUUGAUGCUGAUCGGUUUUAUUUAUUGCAGACAUUUGCAGAUACUUUUGGGUUGAUCCAAAAUAUUGUGGAAACAAGCCUAUAUUGAGAACUCAAAAGGAAAGCAUUGUCUUUCUGCUUACAAAAUGUGCUGUCACGAUACCCGACAUUGCUGCCGUCGGCUAGAGUGAGAUAAGAUUGUCUAUUGGCUCUGGCUCACAAAUGAUCGCUUUGCCUAGCUCUGUUAGAGUCGAUUUUCAUACUACCAAAUGAUUCCUGACCAAAUCCCUGCCAACUGUAUACUACCUGUUUCACAAGCUUUCUUUUCCUUUUUCCUUUUCCUUUUCCAUACAUUUUCACUUCCUUUACUUUUUCCCCAUUUCUUUUUCCUUUCCCUCCCUUUUUCCCUUUUCCCUUUUCUUUUCCUUUUCCCUUCCCUUCCUUUCCUUUCCUUUCAUUUUCCUUUUCAUUUCCUUUCCCCUUCCUAUCCUUUUUCCUUUUCCUUUCUUUUCUCCUUUUAAUUUCCUUUCCAUUUCCCUUUCCUUUUUCCCUUGCUUUCCUCUACCCAUUUCUUUUUGCUGCUCCCUUUUUCUCUUUCCUAUUUCUUUUCCUUUAUUAUUUCCCCUUUCCUUCCUUUACUUUUUCCAUUUCCUUUCUCUUUCCUUUUCCUUUUCCCUUGCCCUUCCUUUCUUUUCCCCCAUUUCUUUUCUGGUUCCCUUUUCCUUUCUCCCUUUCAUUUCCUUUCCUUUCCCCCCCAUUUAUUUUACCUGUUCCCCUUUUCCCUUUCCUUUUCUCUUCCUUUUUCCUGUUUCCUUUCCCCUUUCCAUUCGUUUUCCAUUUUCCAUUUCCUUCCCUUCCCUUUCCCAAUGUUGGCAUUAUUACACUGUCUGCCCUUCACUGUAACUCAGACUGCUAACCAGUAACUAUGUCAUACUGGUCAUAUACACACUGCAAAGUCUAGGAAGUGACAUCAUUUAUUUGCAGGACUGAAUCCCUUAUGUUAUCGUUCUGUGUGUGAGUGUGUCACUCCCCAAAUUGCAAUGGUUGAAACAUUGAUAACCGAAACAAUGUUUGGUGUCUCGUGGCUGUAAAAACAAAUAUGGAUGUCAAUAUUUUAACAGUUUUUUGACCAAAUUAAUGUUAGCACCUGGAAUAUUAUCAUCUGGCAAUUGUUUAUAAGCCACUAUCGAAAGAAGCGCAGAGUUUUGUUUACGCUCAUUAAGCUGCUGCUCUGUGUCUCGCACUUCUAAUUACACCAUUAACAAUUAUAACAACACACUACAUGGACUUAAUGACAAUUUGAUUGUCACUACAACGUUUCGGCAGUGAAUUUGGUUAUAGAAUGCAGUUGGAACCAAACUGUGUGUACAGAUUGGGAUUAAGCACUUUGACGAGGACUGACAGCAGUGUGUACGUGGCCACUGAAUACCCAAAAGUCAGUCUAUUAUAAAGCAACUCUGAGCUGUCUUACAGGAGAAAGCCAUUUAAAUGUGCUUUAAGUCUGAACAAUCAGGAUUUUUAGGAUUUCCACACCCAAUUUGAAGGCUUUUGUGGCAUGUCUGAUUUUCUAAAGUACUUUGGCUAACAUGGUCCUACAAUUGAAGAACGUUUCAGAGGGAUAGAUGGUGCUGUCUUACAAGUAAACAUCUCUAGGCUUGGUGAAGAUGUAUUUUUUUCACAAAUUAAAAACUGUUCAGAUGUUCUUCUUUGUUUAACGUUAAAGGUCAUGAGUCAUACUUUACAAGGUCUGAAUGUGUCCAAAUGGCAUAACCUUUCUGACUGGCUUAAUGGUUAAAUGCAAGUGUAAUGUAAAAUUGAAGUUUUAUGCCUAAUUUGAAAUUACUAAUGGUUUUGCUCAGCCGACCCUGAUGACCUUAAUUGUUUUGUUGUUGCCUUGUCUUUGUUUCGCCAGCUUUGCUUUUGUUCUGUUUUCUCCUAAACAUUCCAAAUGCUCACAUAUCUCAAGAUAUUUAUUGUCAUUAUUCUGAUGAUUAUUAUCUGUUGUUAUUUGCUUUGAUUUUUUUGUAAUGAUGAUUUCAUCUUAUUUUAAACUGUGUUUUUGUUUAGUUUUCUAAAUUGUACAUUUUUAAUCAUACCUCUGAUUCUUAAUGUGAUUUCUUCCAUGUUCUUUAAUCAGCUGUGAAUUUAAACUCAUUGUGUUUUGUGACCGGUCAUGUACUUUAUGUAUGAAUAUUGGGAGGGGGUUUAAUUGUGUGCAAGGAAUGUGAGUGUGUGUGAUGGUGUUGUGCAUUUCUUUUUUGUUGUUUAUGUAAUACUAAAGUCUUAUUCAUUUUCUCCCUCCAAUUCACUUUCCACCAUCUGUCUGUCUUCCUUUUUUUGUACUAGGAGGAAUUAGACAGCAGGUGGCAAAAACACCAGAAAUAGCAUUGAUUUUACAAUCAACAGAAAAACAAACAAACAAACAAAAUAAACAAGCACAAUAAAAUAUCUGGCAAAAGCGCAAUACUCACACGCACCCACUGAUGACGCCUCCUUUGAUAUUGUACAAAAUUCUGUAUGCUAGAGUACAGAUAUUAUAAGCAAUUUAUGUAUCACCUGUUUUGUAUUUGACAAACCAGAGAAUGUAUCUUUUAAUCAUGUAACCAUUGUUGAUAGAUAGAAUUACAUUUUAUUUGGUAGUAAAUUAGAUGUUAAUAUUUGUAAUUUCACUCUACAUCUAAUGAAGAUAAUAUAUAUAUAAAUAUAUAUAUGCUGCAAGUGGACCAGCACACAUUUAUGCACUAAUUAAGAAAUAAUCAGAAGACGCAUAAACAGGUAUAUCUCACAACAACAUGCCUAGGUCACAUUUUACUGCAAAUAUAGUCAAAAGUUUGGAAUAAUGUACAGAUUUUGUUCUUAUGGAAAGAAAUUGGUACUUUUAAUCACCAAAGUGGCAUUCAGCUGAUCACAAUGUAUAGUCAGGACAUUAAUAACGUGAAAAAUUACUAUUACAAUUUGAAAAAAACUACUUCAAAGAGUUCUCAUAAAAAAAUCCUCCAUGUGAGCAAUGACAGCUUUGCAGAUCUUUGGCAUUCUAGCUGUCAGUUUGUCCAGAUACUCAGGUGACAUUUCACCCCACACUUCCUGUAGCACUUGCCAUAGAUGUGUCUGUCUUGUCGGGCACUUCUCACACAACUUACAGUCUAGCUGAUCCCACAAAAGCUCAAUGGGGUUAAGAUCCAUAACACUCUUUUCCAAUUAUCUGUUGUCCAAUGUCUGUGUUUCUUUGCCCACUCGAACCUUUUCUUUUUGUUUUUCUGUUUCAAAAGUGGCUUUUUCUUUGCAAUUCUUCCCAUAAGGCCUGCACCCCUGAGUCUUCUCUUUACUGUUGUACAUGAAACUGGUGUUGAGCGGGUAGAAUUCAAUGAAGCUGUCAGCUGAGGACAUGUGAGGCGUCUAUUUCUCAAACUAGAGACUCUGAUGUACUUAUCCUCUUGUUUAGUUGUACAUCUGGUCUUCCACAUCUCUUUCUGUCCUUGUUAGAGCCAGUUGUCCUUUGUCUGUGAAGACUGUAGUGUACACCUUUAUAUGAAAGCUGUUUCUUUUUUGCCAUUUUUGGCCUAAUAUUGACCUUAAGACAUGCCAGUCUAUUGCAUACUGUGACAACUCAAAAACAAACACAAAGACAAUGUUAAGCUUCAUUUAACGAACCAAAUAGCUUUCAACUGUGUUUGAUAUAAUGGCAAGUGAUUUUCUAGAACCAAAUGAUCAAUUUAUCAUGAUUACUCAAGGAUAAGGUGUUGGAGUAAUGGCUGCUGUCUAGAUUUGAUCAAAAAUGACUUUUUUCAAAUAGUGAUGGUGCUGUUUUUUACAUCAGUAAUGUCCUGACUAUACUGUGUGAUCAGUUGAAUGCCACUUUGGUGAAUUAAAAUACCAAUUUCCUUUCGAAACAGCAAAAUAUGUACAUUAUUCCAAACUUUUGGCCGCAAGUGUAUAUUUUUAUAUUUGAGUGAAAUAUGACCUGGACAUUGUGAUUCAAUUAUGCUGCUGUUUAUUCUAGAGUUAUAGAUAGAACGUCCUCCUUCAACAACAUCUUUGCUUUCCUUCUUUAGAAGGAAAAGUGCAAUAAUGCACUUAGAGUAGUCACACUAUACACAAACAUGCAAAAUGCACAAGGCCCUUCUGGAAGUCAAUGUAAAUCUAUAUGUCAAGGCAGAGUGAGUGUUGUGUACGAGUUUUGUCACAUGUGAGACCGAAAUGUUUUAGCCAUUGUUGCAAAAACUAAAGACACACUGAUCAUGUUGCAUUCCUUGUCAGAUUGUUGUUCAAUAAAAAUACAUUUGUUCA